AUGCGAAAUCUCCGACAUUUCUACCUCGAUCAUAACAAACUAACUGAAAUUCCUAUGGACUUUUUCAAGAACAAAGACAAUCUAAUAAGUGUAGAUCUUUCUUACAACAAGAUCACCUAUAUUCCGCUGCCAGUGUUUAACUACAGUAUGUGGCAUAUUGAGGAGGUUUUCCUUCAUCAUAACCAGAUAACAGCCUUCGAGCCUUGGGCCUACGUCAGGCAAGCUAUACGUCUGGACCUGAGUUACAACAAUGCAACUACAGACCAGCGGAAUAAUUCCAUGACAGAGUGGCAUGACUGGUACGUGUUACAAUAUAAAAACCCAACUUCCAAAGAUGAUGGUAUUGAAUCAGUACUUAGUCUAGUAGAACUGUUACCAGAUAUUCGUGAAAACCCUUUUAGCUGUGAUUGCUAUGCUCAUAAUAUGAUUAAAAGAGUUAGACAGUCAUUUUUCUUGUGGGCUGAUAGCGAAUAUCUUGGUAUAACGUGUUACAAUCCUCCACAUUUACGUGGCAAGCUUGCAUUCUAUGAUGUAUCCGUCUCUCAACUUAUUUGUAACAUUACGGAUAAUUGUCCAGCAGGAUGUCUGUGCCAAGAUCGACCUGAAGAUGCCAUUUUAAAAGUCGAUUGUCAAGGAUUGAAUAUGACAAGUAUACCGAAAACGCUUCCAAGAAGUCCAUACGAUAAAAUUAAUCUACAGCUUGGACACAAUGAAAUAACCCAAUUUAGUAAUGCAAGUUACAUAAAAUACAUUACAGUCCUAUCAAUGCCUAACAAUGCGUUUACCAGCCUACCGGACUUUGUCAUAGAACGUAUAGCAAGUAAAGAAAAUGCAUUUAUUGACCUUCGUAACAAUUUAUUCACUGAUAUUCCGUCAGGAGCACAGAAUAUCAAGUUUCCAGACGCGCACUUUCAAGGAAAAUACCUCGUAUGUUCAUGUGAUAUGCUAUGGAUGGUAGACUGGAUAAAGCUGGCACCAAAAUACGCUGAUAAGACUCUUAAUUGUACAUUUGAAGGUGAAGUAUACAAAAUAAUUGAUCUGAAUGAAGACAUCUUGAAAUGUUAUAAGAUUGGGAGUAUUAUCCUAAUUGUAGUGCUGUCUGUGGUAUUAGUUAUUGUAAUUGCCUUGUUGCUAACGGCUAAACGAUGCCCGUACGAGACGAAGGUACUGCUUUUCAAAAUUUUUCACAUUCAUCCCUCGGAUAAGUAUGAAGUAGACAAAAACGCGGAUAAAACUUUCGACAUGUAUGUCUCUUUUGAUGACAAUGAUACAUACGUCAGGCAGUGGGUCAUGAAAGUACUCUUCAAACAGCUUAAAGAGAAAAAAACGUUUUACAAUUUGGGUGUAGCUGCGCGAAAUGCACCGCCUGGUCCUGAAGCUGAUGCUAGACUUGAACUGAAUGAUAAAAGCAGACGACUACUGAUCAUCCUUAGUACAGACUAA